UUGACUCACAUUUUGCCUUUGUGUACCGCCACCGCCGCUCUCUCACACAGAUCCUCUCUUUCACACAGAUCAAUAACCAGCAAACCUCACCACCGCGCAUCCUCAGCACCGUCUUCCCCGAUCGACUCAAAUCAGCACCGCCACCGCAGCUAACAGAUAUCUGCAAGGGAAGCAAAGUUGGAGUUUGCUAUGGAAGAAAUGCCAAUGAUACCCAAUCCCCAAAAACCCUAAUAUGAAGCACAAGUAGUACCAGAUGGAAAAAAGCAAACGCUAAAACUAAUGGCUAAAACAGGAUUUGCCCUAUUUCUUCCUCCUGUCACUCCUCCCCCUCAAUUUCUCUCUCCAAAUCUCAAUCGCCUCUUUCUCUCUCCUCCUCCAUCUUCUCUCUCCUCUUCCUGUAAGCCGCCAUAUCUCUGUCUACAUAUAUUGAUUGUUAUUGUGAAACUAGACGGAUAAUCUGAGAGCAACAUCUAGAAGAUUAUUAUUGACAACAAAGGUCCAGACAGUAUCAACUAUGGCAACCAAUGAAGAACAUGUUGGGAGUCUUAAGCAACAGUUAGCAAAACUAUUUGAAGCAUCCCUUAGAACAACAGUCCCUGAUGAGUUGGACGUUGAGCCUCUUGUUGCUGCUUGCAAUCCAAGAUUUGGUGAUUACCAAUGCAACAAUGCCAUGAGCUUAUGGACAAAAAUAAAAGGCAAGGGUUCCGAAUUCACAGGUCCCCAACCUAUUGGAAAGGCUAUUAUGAACAAUCUACCAAAAUCAGAAAUGGUAGACAAAUGCAGUAUAGCUGGACCUGGGUUUGUGAAUGUUGUGUUAUCAAAGGAUUGGAUAGCAAAGAGCAUCCAAAAGAUGCUAAUAAAUGGUAUUGAAACAUGGUCGCCGAAACUUACAGUCAAAAGGGCAGUGGUUGACUUUUCUUCGCCCAACAUUGCUAAAGAGAUGCAUGUCGGCCACUUGAGAUCUACAAUUAUUGGAGACACUCUAGCCCGUAUGCUAGAGUUUUCAAAUGUUGAGGUUCUUCGGAGAAACCAUGUUGGUGACUGGGGUACACAGUUUGGUAUGCUAAUUGAAUUUCUUUUCGAAAAAUUUCCAAAUGUGGAGGUUGUCAAUGAUCAAGCUAUCGGAGAUCUCGAGGCAUUCUAUAAGGCAUCAAAGCAAAGAUUUGACAGUGAUCCUGGAUUCAAGGAGAGGGCACAACAAGCGGUGGUCAGUCUCCAGGGUGGGGAAGAGAAGUAUCGAAAGGCAUGGGCACAAAUCUGUGAAAUCAGUCGAAGGGGAUAUCAAAGAGUUUAUCAACGCCUAGGGAUUAAGAUAGAGGAGAAGGGAGAAAGCUUUUACAAUCCAUAUAUACCUGGAGUUUUAGAGGAAUUGGACAAGAAAGGAUUAAUUGAAGAAAGUGAAGGUGCUCGUGUGAUCUUUAUUGGGGGGAAAAAUAUACCUUUAAUUGUUGUGAAGAAGGAUGGUGGUUUAAACUAUGCUUCCACUGAUCUUGCGGCUCUUUGGUAUCGUCUUAAUGAAGAAAAAGCUGAGUGGAUAAUCUAUCUUACUGAUGUUGGCCAGCGAGAGCACUUUGAAAUGUUCUUCACUGCUGCGAAACGUGCUGGUUGGCUUCCAGCUGGUGAGAAUAUGUAUCCUAAAACUAACCAUGUGGGUUUUGGUCUUGUUCUUGGAGAAGAUGGGAAACGAUUUCGAACUCGCAGUACUGAAGUGGUUCGAUUAGUUGAUUUGCUUGAUGAAGCAAAGAGUCGCUGUAAAGCAGUUCUUGUAGAACGAGGUAAAGCUGAUGAAUGGACAGAGGAGGAGCUUGAUCAAACAGCCGAGGCAGUUGGUUAUGGGGCUGUUAAGUAUGCCGACCUGCAGAAUAACAGAUUGACCAAUUACACAUUUAAUUUUGACCAGAUGCUUAAUGAUAAGGGAAAUACUGCUGUCUAUUUGCUGUAUGCGCAUGCUAGACUAUGUUCUAUCAUCAGGAAAUCUGGUAAAAACAUAGAGGAAUUGAGAAAGACUGGAACAAUAGUCUUGGCCCAUCCAGAUGAGCGUGCCUUAGGGCUUCAUUUGCUCCAAUUUGCUGAGAUUGUGGAGGAAGCUUGCACUAAUCUCUUACCCAAUGUAUUGUGUGAAUACUUAUACAACUUAUCUGAGUUCUUCACAAGAUUUUAUUCAAAUUGUCAGGUUGUUGGAUCAACAGAGGAGACGAGCAGGCUCUUGUUAUGUGAAGCGACUGCAGUGGUCAUGCGGAAAUGCUUCUAUUUACUUGGUAUUGUACCCGUGUACAAGAUAUGACAUUUCAGGAUGAGAUUCGUUGAGCCAAGUAUUUACGGUUCUUUGAUAAUUUUAGUUUGGGCAAGCAACUAUAGAUUUUAUACACAUUGUAUUAGCAUUAUAAGAGGCAAAAGAUUGCUGCGCCCAUUCAGUCAAAUGUCACUAAGAUCUUUGAUAUUUUGUAAUUUUUAUUUCAUGUUGUGUUGACGGCUUAUAUUUUGAAUAGAAAAAACAUGUUGCUUUCUCAA